AUGUUUUGCAGGUUGUGCCUCCUCGUCCAGGAUGCCUAUGGUCUGUUCAGUGAAGUGCAGUUGCAGUCCCUGAGUUCUGCAGGUGACGUGGAGCAGUAUUGCAGGAGGUGGGAAGGAAAAUUCUGCUGCUUAUCUGGAAUGAAAAUUUUGCAAAGAACUACAAGAGGAAGGUCAUUGGGACUUUUCAGUCUGAUAGACAGCCUGUGGCCUCCAGGAGUGCCUGUAAAAGUUCCUGGAGAAAGUCAAGACUCUGAGAUGAUGACAACUAAUCUUCCUCCUCCCAGCUUCUGUUAUAUUCUUACUGUUCAGUCUGGUGAAAUACAUGUGGAAGUGGAUGAGGAAGAACAGAUUUCUAAUUUGUACCAGCCACCAGCUGUUCAUGGUCUAAAGGAAAUUCUUCAGAUCGAUGGUUGUAACAAACGUUGUAGCUUCUGGGCGCAAGCGCUGUAUCUAAGGCUGCAGACAAAACACAGUGUUCCUACAAAUCCAAGAGAGGUUUGGUUGGUUGUGACCGACUCCACACUGCAAAACGAGGUUCACAGCACUCCGAAAGUUGUUGCUGUGUCCGUCGCUGCGUCGUGUGUUCUCAGCACGGAAAUCACAGAUGCCCUCAGCGUUGCCUCACGACUCGUCUUCUUCAAGGAUGCGCUGUGGGGAAAUGGUAGGAUUAUUUGUGUUGAACGCACUGUUCUCUUGUUACAAAAGCCUCUUUUGUGCUCGGCUGCCGGUGCUGACCUCAGUGAGCUGACUGGCCCUGUCAGACUCGAUGAGCUGGAUUCUACAACACAGGCCAACUCCGUUUGUGCUGUAAGAGGCACUGUUGUUGGAGUUAAUGAGAGCACUGCUUUCUCCUGGCCUACCUGCGACAGAUGUGGCAAUGGAAAGUUGGAACUGUGUCCCCAGGACAGAGGAUUGCUGUAUUGCAACCAGUGCUCUGAAGUUGUCAGUUCACCAGUUUUGAAAAUGCAGCUGGAAGUCUUCUUGAGUUGUCCAUCCCGAUCUCAAAGUACAGUGAAAGUAAAGCUGUUACAAAGGACAAUCUCUUCUCUCCUGAUGUGCUCCGCCAGUGAGGAUGGGAGCUAUGAGGUGCAGAGCGUGCUGGGAAAGGAGGUGGGGUUAUUGAACUGCUUCGUCCGCUCCGCCACCAGCCACCCCAACUGUGUUGCACUGGAGGAGAUUGUUCUUCUGGAAGCAGCAGCGAGACACUGA